UGACCAAACCCAUCCAGCCUACAACACAAAUACCAGGUCCAACACUUUAAUUUCCCAAAAAAAAUACAUUAUUAUCUUCAGUAUACAGAACACUGGAAAAAAAAAUGAACCCUAACAUUUUCUCUUGAAUGUACUAAAGCCCAGUGAAUUCAUAGCUGUUAGAUACCAUUUGCAGCAAAGAUUCUCAUGCAUCUUCGCUUUCCAGGUUUUUGCUUCGCCAUUUCAGGCAAAAAAGUUAUUGUUCUUGUCUUCUUCCAUCAGAAAAAUCCAAUUCAAAUGGUAACUUAUUGAUUUUUAAUUUUGCAUUGCUUCUUUAGUAAUAUUUGGACUUCAAAUCUAUUGUACACGAUUUUCAGAUUCAAAAGUAGUCCCACAUUGAUUUCAAACUAAAAAGCCCUAGAAUUGGUCCUCUAUAAAUAGAACCCCAUUCUCCUCAUUUCAAAGAAGUUGAAGAUACCCAAAAAAAAUUGAUUUCUCAGUUAACUCGACUCCAAACUAGAGGAAAAGUUUCUUGCAAGUUGAGUUUUCCUUGAAACGUCGGAUUCAGUUUAAAUUUUGUUCGAUUCGAGUUGGUUUGUGGCUUUGGUGAAAGAAAGGUGAUCUACUCAACUCCCGUUGUAGGAGAGGUAUCAACCCAGCCCAUGAAAAAUGAUAAUAAUUUCUGCUAGAUUGAUAAUAAGAGGAAAGAGAAGCCCAAAGAAGAUGAACUUGUCUGAAAACAUUUGAUGCUUCCUAGAUUGAAAAUAAUCCUGUAAUACUCAUUUGGGGAUUUAUUCUCAGCCAUUGGAUGAGCUUCAUCAACUUUGAAUCAAGGCUGUCCAGCUGUUAAAACUGUACAAAAAUAUUUGAUGGCCAAAGUUCACACGUGGAAGCUAAAUAGAUUUUAUUAGCUGUAUUUACUUUUUCCAUUUAUUAAUUAUAGAAGUUUGUUAUAGCUAGGCUAAUAAUAUUUAGACAAGUGUACAUGAUAGGAAUGUAUAGGAAGGUUCCUUUAUUUCUUCUACUGGUCUAUAUACAUGUAUCCGGCCAACAGUGAAUACACAAGAAAAGGAAGGAAAUUUCUAAAUCUGUAUUGUCUUUAAUUUCUAAUAUGGUAUCAGAAGCCUAGGGAUAAAACCUUCAAUCAUUCCUUCUUCCAUUCUCUGUCAUUCAUAAAAUUUUCAAUCAACUACAAUGAGUGAUACUAAUGAAACUGUUGUGGUUGCUGGUACUCAGUCUUCAGGCACCCUCGUUGAUUCUUCACACCCUCUUUACAUCCAUCCUUCAGACUCACCAGGUAUGUGCUUGGUGAGUUCUUUCUUCAAUGGGAAAGGAUAUGGGGGUUGGAGAAGAGGGGUCCUUAUUGCUUUGUCAGCCAAAAACAAAGUCGGAUUCAUAGAUGGCACCAUCACUCAACCUGCUGUCACUGAUGAGACUUUCAAAUCAUGGACAAGGUGCAAUAAUAUGGUUAUAUCAUGGAUCUUAAACUCCCUCUCAAAAGAAAUAGCAGAGACUGUGCUUUACUCUAAGACUGCUAAGGAAAUAUGGACUGAGCUUGAGGAGAGGUUUGGUCAAAGCAAUGGCCCCCAACUCUAUCAACUGCAGAAGGAGAUCAGUGAAUUAGCACAAGGAAACUCUGACAUUGCAGGUUAUUAUACUAAGCUUAAGAGACUUUGGGAUGAGCUUGACAGCUUAGACAUGUGUCAACAUUGUACCUAUGAAUGUUCUUGUGGAGGGAAGAGUAAAACCCUCAAGUCACAACAGGAUGCAAGGCUGAUUCAAUUUCUUAUGGGUCUGAAUGAUGCAUAUUCAGGUCCCAGAAGCAGCUUGCUGAUGCUUUCUCCUUUACCAUCAGUUAAUCAUGCUUAUUCUCUUCUCAUUAGGGAUGAGAAACAAAGGGAGGUGCAAGUUUUUCAACAUCCAGGUUCUUCUCAUCAGGGAGAGACUGCUUUCUUUGCUGCAAAACAACAGUAUGGAGGUCAAAAAUUCAAUUAUGAAAAAAGGGAUAAGUAUGAUCCACAUAAACCUCUGCUGUUCUGCAAUCAUUGCAAGAAACCAAAUCACACAGAAAAAAAAUUGCUAUAGACUCAUAGGCUUUCCUGCUGAUUUCAAAUUUACUAGAAGCAAGAAGUUUCCUCCUCAUGCAAAGAGUAAUGCAGUAUUUUCAAGUGUAGAUGGAAUUAGUCAGUCAUUUGGAGAUGGGAACAAGCCUAUGACCCAAGAUCAAUUUCACUCAUUGUAUCAGCUACUGCAACAUACUAAAAAUGGAACUCAGGGUGCUCAAGUUACUGAGGACAUUGCUGCUGCUAAUACAGCUGGCCCCUUCCCUAAAGAGGCCAAUACACCUUGGUAGAGUAAAGCAAGGAGUCUACAUAUUCCAUUCAGUCAGACCUUCUCCAGCCAAGCCUAGAGUUGCAGCUUCCAUUAGCAAUAGUUUUCCUAGAGUUUCAUCUUGUAAUAAAUCAAAACUUGUUUCUAGUUCCAAUUCCACUGUUAGUGGUCCUUUUAUUUCCAGUUUGUUUUCAGCUUCUGUCAUUUCCAAUGUAAGUUUAUGGCACUCUAGGUUGGGUCAUAUCCCUAUUUCCAAUAUGAAGAAUAUUUCAUCAAUUCAGUCUAUUUUUUCACAUUUCAAUGAUUUACCUUGUGAUAUUUGUGCUAAAUCUAGACAAGUUAAAUUACCUUAUCCUUCCAGUUCCAUUUCAUCAUCUCACAUUUUUGAUUUAAUUCAUGUGGAUACUUGGGGACCUUACAAAGUUCCUACUCAUGAUGGUUUCAAAUACUUCCUUACCAUUGUUGAUGAUUAUAGUAGGGGGACAUGGACUUUUCUUCUUAGCACUAAAUCUAAUGCAUUCAAUAUUCUUAAACAUUUUUUUGCCAUGACUGAAAGGCAAUUCAACACUAAAGUCAAGAUUAUGAGGUCUGAUAAUGCCUUAGAACUAGGCAGUAGCACUUCUUCUUCUUAAU